AUGCGGUCGCACUCCGCUCUUUCAGCUGGGUCAACGACCGAUGAACUAAUGACGGCUGAAUGAUCGCAGUCUGAAAUGGAGCCUCACACGAGGGCAAUCAUUUCCAACGGACUUCGCUAUGAGUGGAUUUUCUCCAGGGAGGCUCUUCCUCCUCCUGCUGCUGCUGCUGCUAAACCUGAGCUGGACCGUGGAAGCUGUCCGGGUGGUGGGAGGAAACGUGUCUGUGGUUCUUGGAGAGAGCGCUACGUUACCCUGCAACCUCUUUGACACCACAGACACACUCAUCCAGAUUUCAUGGCAGAAGAUGACUAAGGGGAACCCAGUUAAUGGCAAAUUCAUUACGAUUCUGGCUGAUAAAACACGCAUCUUUAAUGCAGUUGACUAUCGGUUCAAGAACAUUGGAAACUUUACCAAAUACGAUGGAACCCUCCUGUUAUCAGACGCCACGUUGCUGGAUGAAGGCAGCUACUCGUGCAUAUUCACUCUGUUUCCCAGCGGAAAUUUCAGGACAGAUGUUACACUAAACCUGCUGGUCCCUCCAGUCGUAACGGUGGAGGACGACGCCCCUCUGUUGGGGGGUGAAGAAGCUUCCCUUGCUACCUGUACGGCGGCUGGUUCCCGGCCUCCUGCUGAGGUGAAGUGGAUUAUGGGUUCUCUGGAGGGCUCGGUCCGUUCAACCACCACCUCCACCCUUCACGAUAACGGAACCACCACCACGGUCAGCUCGCUGCUUGGAGUCCCUACCAGAGACGUCAACCAGCGUUUGGUGAGAUGUGUCGUCACCAGCGCGGCGCUGACACAAGCAAAGAGCCUGCCCUUCACGUUACAAGUGUUCUUUUCACCCACGACAGUGAACGUCACUGAAAGAUCAGAUAAUUCAUUAGAGUGUAUGACUGAAGCAAACCCAGCUGCCAGCUUCACCUGGAGCAGAGCUGACAAGUCCUGGCCUCAGUCUGGUGUCACUGUGGUCGGACCAACGCUGCAGUUUGUGAGGAACACCGCUGGCGUCAAUGGCCUCUACCAGUGUGAAGCCUCCAACCAGUACGGGAGGAGUCAUGGUUACCUCUAUGUGCAUGUGACAUCAGGCUCCUGCACGGUUUGCUGGGUAUUAUUUAGCCUUUUGCUCGUCCUCUUUGCCAUUGGUCUUGCUGCAUGGUUCUUUUAUAAAUCCAGGGUCCAGGGAUCCAUCAGUAAAAGCAGAGAAGAGAGCACACCUGCAGGGAUGCAGCCUGUCCCUACAGAAGAAAAUAAAGCUGUGAAGCUCAUGUGUAAACUCUGAGUACUUUUGGUUUUUAUUUUGCAAGUUUACCCUCGUGCUGCAGAACAGAACAAUGAGUGAAUGUAUAUAUGUGCAUCAGUGUAUUGGGUCAAUGUGCAAACAGACCUCACCACGCACCAGGAUGCGUUUCUUUGUUUUACAAGCAUCAGCAUUAACUGUUCAUUAUGGAAGAAGAGCGUGUAGCACAUAAGAAUAAGAAAACCUUUAAUAGUCCCGCAGUGGGGAAAUUACGUCUCACAACAGCAGUACAGAUGAGCGAGAAUACAGGUACAGAACAGUAUGUGUUGGCACAGUACAAUAUAGCAUAUAGCAUAUAGCACAUACCAAGCCAACCAGGUUACUGACAGAGAUUAUCUGUCAUAAUUCAUGUUUCUUAGUUACAUUUCUUAGUUACGUUUUUUAGUCUUGUCUGGUUUUAUUUUGUUACUACUUCCUGUUUAGUUCACAUCCAGUUAACCCAGCUUCACUUCCGGUCCUUGUUAACCUCACCUGUGUUUCAUCAGUAAUCAGUUCACUCAGCACUUAAGCACCAGUUCUUGCCUUGCCCAGUUGCCAGAUUGUCUACGUUGUUUUCCUGACUAGCAUUCCAGCAUUCUUUGUACUCUUGCCUUUCGUGAUUGACCAUGCCUUGCCACUGAUUCAGCCUCCGACAAUCCAGUGCUGUAAGUCUGACCAUUGCCUGUAUUUUGACCUUGCCUUCGCCUGCUCCUUGUCGGAUCCUGUUUGCUGCCACAACGUUUAUGACCUCUGCCUGCUUGAACGUGAAUAUUAAAACUCUGAUCUUAACCAAGCCCCCCCUCACCAUCCACAACACAGUGUCUACCGUGGACUCAUUCAGGUCACUCACAGGACCUGAAGUGGUCCCCCCACAAAGACACUACCCGCAAAAAGGCCCAGCAGAGCCCCAGGAGCUGCUGACCAUCUUCUACACAGCCAUCAUCCAGUCUGUCCUCUCCAUCACUGUGUGGUUUGGUUCAGACACUAAGCAGGACAGACACAGACUGCAGCGGGUGGUCCGAUCAGCAGAAAAGAUCAUCAGGACUGAGCUUCCUUCUAUUGAACACCUGUACCGGGCCAGACUCAGGAAGCGGGCUGUCAGCAUCACUGCUGACCCCACACACACUGAACAUAAACUGUUUAAACGCCUCCCCUCAACACAAUGAAUCAAUGACUCUUCACAGACACAGACAUAAAUGUGCAAUAACAAAAGUGAUGUUAAUGUGCAAUAACAAAAGUGAUAGUGAGCUGCAGUUUAUAUUAUUUUAUUCUUUAUUUUAUUUGUCCUGUGCAAACUUGGCGAUUAAAGCGGAUUCUGAUUCUGAUGUAUGGUUUGUCCAAGAUGGCGGUGCGUACGGACACAGCGGCUCGACGUUCUCCACAAAUCUUUACCCUUUUAUGCUUCUACUGUCUUUUGCAUUUGUUUUUGCCCCAUCCUACAACAGAUUAACCUACAGUCGAGAAGAUCUGAUAGCCAUAGAACAGCAACAGAGGUUACUUAUUGUUUGAUCAGACAGGAUCUGUUCAAGAUGCGAGUACUUAUUUCUUAUUUUAUCUCUCUUUUUAUCUGUUCAGUAUUUCUUAUAGAGCUUUCAUUCUCGUACUAUAAACUGCUGCUGAGUGAACCUGUAAUUUUUUUGUACCUGUACAAUGACAAAUAAAGUUCUAUAUACAGUGUAACAUACAAUA